GCGGCCCAUUCAAGCUGAAGUCCACGCUUGACGCUCACCUCUAUGAAUUAAUCCGUCUUCGUUACCUGCCCUCGCGUACUCAUCUCAUCUACUCACAAAUCACCUCCUUGUUUCGCCAUGACGUCGAAGUACAACGUGGCAGGACUGCUCUUCACGGGACUGGCGUUCCAUUUGAUUUAUCUCGCUUCUGUAUUCGACUGCUACUUUACUAGCCCUGUGGUCCAUGGAAUGCAAAGCCAUGCGCUGCCUAGUGGGGAGGCUAAGCGACUCGUUCUAAUCGUCGGCGACGGGCUGCGCGCGGACCUGCUCUUCACGAAGAACGGGUUCCCCGCCGACACGCGCGGGCCGGAUGCGCCCGCCGUCGUGGCGCCGCACCUGCGGUCCAUCGCGGAGACGCGCGGCGCGUUCGGGAUCUCGCACACGCGCGUGCCGACGGAGAGCCGGCCGGGGCAUGUCGCGAUCAUCGGUGCGUGCGCGCUCCCGCCACGCCGUAUUCAGCUCCCGCGGAUCUCACGCUGCUUGUGUUGUCGCGCUUCGCAGGGGGCAUGUACGAGGACGUGUCGGCGGUGAUGAAGGUGAGCUGCGAUGCGCCUGCUUCCGGUUGGGCGCGGCGGAGACAUGCGUUUGCAGGGCUGGAAGACGAAUCCGGUGCGUGCUGCCGCCGACUGCGUGGGAGGACGGGUGACCGAGCCGUGCCGCGGCGCCGCACCAGGUGGACUUUGACUCCGUGUUCAACCAGUCGAGCACGACGUUCUCGUUUGGGUCGCCGGACAUUCUGCCGAUGUUUGCGCGCGGGGCGGUGCCGGGGCGGGUGCUGACGUGGUGCUACGACGAGAGCGAGGAGGAUUUCACGAAAGGUGGGUUGGUUUUCGUCGCCGCGCGAUGGUAUAUGGCUUCUGACGGCCAGAAUCCAGACGCUACAGCCUUGGACAUCUGGGUGUUUGAUCAACUGCAAUCGCUGUUCAGAAACGCGACAACGGAUGCUGCGCUGGAUGCGCGACUGCGUGCUCCCCAGGUGGUCUUCUUCCUGCAUCUGCUCGGUCUCGACACGACGGGCCACUCGUACCGUCCCUUUUCGGCCGAGUACAUGAACAACAUCCGCGUCGUGGACGACAUCGUCCGGCGCACGGAGCGAGCCGUGCGCGAUUUCUUCCAGGACGACGAGACGAGCUACCUCUUCACGGCGGACCACGGGAUGUCGGUCAUCGGGAACCACGGGGACGGGCACCCCGACAACACACGCACGCCAGUGGUCGCAUGGGGCCGCGGGGUCCGCGGACCGCUCCCCGAUACGUCCCCGACGUCGCACGACGCAUCCUCGUCGCCGUGGGAGCUCGGACAUCUCUACAGGAGGGACGUCGAGCAGGCGGAUCUCGCGCCGCUCAUGGCUGCGCUGCUGGGCGUGAACUGGCCUGUCAACUCGGUCGGAGUGCUGCCGGAUGUUGACUCCUCGCGUCCGGGGUUCUUGGCCCCGGCUGGCGGCGAGCGGAGGCUUGCGGAGGCUUCUGCUGUGAAUGCAAGGAUGAUUUUGGAGCAGUAUCGAGUGAAACACGAACUGAAGCAAUCGCAAACUGUCUGGUACAAGCCGUUUCCCCGGUUUGUUGCAUCGCCGAUGGACAGCAUCGAGAAAGCUCUGGACGCACAGCAAUGGGACUCCGCGCGGAAGCUGGCGGCGGGGGUCAUACAAGACGGGCUCGACGGGCUGCGCUACCUGCAGACGUACGAGCGAAGACUGAUCAAGGGCAUGGUCAUCGCCUCCUAUCUCGGCUGGGCGGCGUACGCCGCGCUCUUCAUCCUCCGACCGCUCGACACACAUGGGAUCUCGGUGCGCGGAUACCAAGUCGUCACGAGCAUUGCGCUCGGAGUCCUGGGUGCCUUUUGGGCCCUGUUCGCUGUCCAGAAAUCGCCGUGGACGUAUUACGUGUAUGUGGCGUUUCCGUGCUACUUCUGGCAGCAGGUCGUCCUGCAGAUGACGCCGUAUAUCCGUGCUCAGAACAGCGGAGGAUGGCGGUUUGGACGGGGCCUGUUCUAUGCGGCGGCAGUGUUUGUCGUCCUGCAGAGCAUGGUGCUGGCUUACGUGCACCGGUUUAUCUGGAGCGUCGGUUUUGUUGUCAUUGGUGUCCUGUGGCCGAUGGCAUCAGGACUGCGCGAGACUCGUCUGUGGUCCUUGUCGUGUCUUGUCACGGCUAUAUUCCCGCUGUUAUCUGUGGACAAGGAGGAAACCAUCUUGGCUAUCACCUUUGGCGGAUGCUCCAUGCUCGCUUGUGCUGCUCUCUAUUUCAAGUUCGGUGGGCUGAGCAAACUACCGACACGGCUAUUUGCCAUUCAGGUCGGGCCUCGAUCGUGUCCGUAAACACUUCCCUCAACUGGCUGCAGGCAGGACUCAUUGUGGCAGCCAUGAUCGUCACUACAAGCUCCGUGUAUCAUCUGCAGAAUAAGCUGGGGCUGCCACUUGCCAAUCAAGUUGCAGGGUGGGUGAUCCUUGUGCUGGCGUCGGCGUUGCCCUUUGUGACGACCACAUCGGAUACCGAUGCGAACUCAAAGCUGCUGAUGUACUUCCUGGCGUUUGGCGUCUGUUUUGUGAUUCUUUCCAUCAGCGUGGAAGGACUGUUCUACGUCGCGUACUCGUCGACUCUGUUGCUGUGGAUCCAGGUCGAGCAAUCGGUGCGGGGGAAGGACAUCAGGGCCUCUGCACAGUACAGGUUUCAUGCAGACGAUAUCAGGAUCGCGUUGUUCUUCCUGUUUUUCGUGCAGGUCGGAUUUUUCGGGACGGGAAACGUGGCCUCGAUCUCGUCGUUUUAUCUGGCGCCAGUGUAUCGAUUGAUCCCGAUAUUCAGUCCAUUUGCCAUGGCGCUGCUUCUGGUGUUCAAGAUUGUGGCGCCGUACAUUAUGCUUUCGGUCGUGUUUGCGACCCUGAACAACGCGUUGCGCUUACCGCCGUUCUCGCUCUUCCUCGUCGCAUUGACUCUCACAGACGGGAUGACUCUCGCGUUCUUCUUCAACGUGACGGACACGGGUUCGUGGCUGGAAAUCGGCCAGUCGAUCACCUUCUUCUGUGUUGCAUCGCUGCUGCUGGUGUGGUCUGCGGGCGUGUGUAUCGGUGGCGAGUAUCUCAUGGCCGAUGUAAUUUUAGAAAAGUAGUCGAUAGAUAUAUCAACCACUACAAGUUGGCUGCACUGACCGCCCAUCAUGGCACUCACUCUUUUUCUGCGCACCCUCUGGCGACGGUUUCGUCUCUCGCUCUCAUCCAAUAAGCUCCUGCUGCCAGGGCUGUGGGAUCCCGCUCGGCGCGAGAACAGCCAUUCGGAGCCGCUGGACGAAUGGCGGAACACGAUUCUCC